AUGCCGGGCACAAAAUGGUUUCAACAUGUGAUUGAGACCCCAGAGCCUGGCAAGUGGGAGUUGUCUGGGUACGAGGCAGCCCUGCCAAUCACAGAGAAGUCAAACCCACUGACCCAGGACCUGGACAAAGCAGACGCCAAGCAGAUUGUUCAGUUACUGGGGCAAUGUGAUGCUGAGAUCUUCCAGGAGGAGGGGCAAACCAUGCGCACAUACCAGCGACUCUACAGCGAAUCAGUUCUGACCACCAUGGUACAAGUGGCUGGAAAAGUUCAGGAGGUGCUGAAGGAGCCUGAGGGGGCGCUGGUGGUGCUGAGUGGAGGGGGCACCUCUGGCAGGAUGGCAUUCCUCAUGUCGGUCUCCUUUAACCAGCUGAUGAAAGGCCUAGGACAGAAACCUCUUUACACCUACCUCAUUGCAGGAGGUGACAGGUCUGUGGUGGCCUCUAGGGAGGGGACAGAAGAUAGUGCCCUGCACAGGAUUGAGGAACUGAAGAAGGUGGCUGCUGGGAAGAAGAGGGUGAUUGUCAUUGGCAUUUCAGUGGGACUCUCUGCUCCGUUUGUAGCAGGCCAGAUGGACUACUGCAUGGAUAACCCAGCUGUCUUCUUGCCAGUUUUGGUUGGUUUCAACCCAGUGAGCAUGGCCAGAAAUGACCCCAUUGAAGACUGGAGUUCGACAUUUCGACAAAUAGCAGAGCGGAUGCAGAAACUGCAAGAGAAACAGGAAGCUUUUGUGCUCAAUCCUGCAAUUGGGCCUGAGGGCCUCAGUGGCUCCUCCCGGAUGAAAGGUGGAAGUGCCACCAAGAUCCUGCUGGAAACCCUGUUACUGGCAGCCCACAAGACUGUGGACCGGGGCCUUGCAGCAUCUCAGAGGUGCCUUCUGGAAAUCCUGCGGACAUAUGAGCGGGCUCAUCAGGUGACCUAUAGUCAAAGCCCCAAGAUUGCCACGCUGAUGAAGCAAGCCAGCACCAGCCUAGAGAAAAGAGGCCACGUGUACCUGGUUGGCUGGCAGACUCUCGGCAUCAUUGCCAUCAUGGAUGGAGUAGAGUGCAUCCACACAUUCGGUGCUGAUUUCCGAGAUGUCCGUGGCUUUCUCAUUGGUGAUCACAGUGACAUUUUUAACCAGAAGGCUGAGCUCAUCAACCAGGGUCCCCAGUUCUCCUUCUCCCAGGAGGACUUCCUAACCUCCAUCCUGCCAUCCCUCAUGGAAAUUGACACUGUGGUCUUCAUUUUUACCCUGGACAACAACCUCACGGAGGUACAGACGCUGGUGGAGCAGGUGAAAGAGAAGACUUCCAACAUCCAGGGCUUGGCACACAGCACUGUGGGGCAGUCCCUGCCGACCUCUCUGAAGAAGCUCUUUCCCUCCAUCAUCAGCAUCACAUGGCCACUGCUUUUCUUUGAAUAUGAAGGGAACUUCAUCCAGAAGUUCCAGCAUGAGCUAAGCACCAAGUGGGUACUGAAUACAGUGAGUACAGGGGCCCAUGUGCUUCUUGGGAAGAUCCUCCAAAACCACAUGUUGGACCUCCGCAUUCGCAACUCCAAGCUCUUCUGGCGGGCAUUGGCCAUGCUGCAGCGGUUCUCUGGACAGCCCAAGGCUCGAUGCAUCGAGAGCCUCCUCCAGGUGAUCCACUUCCCUCAGCCACUGUCGGAUGAUAUUCGGGCUUCUCCUAUCUCCUUCCACAUCCAGGUUGCACACGAGAAGGAACAGGUGAUCCCCAUAGCCUUGCUGAGCCUCCUAUUCCAGUGCUCAAUCCCGGAAGCCCAAGCGCACCUGGCUGCGGCUCCCUCCGUCUGUGAGGCUGUCAGGAGCGCCCUCACCGGGCCAGGUCGGAAGCGCAGCGCGGACCCCCUUGAGACUCUUGAGCCAGCCCUGCAGUGAAUCGAUGUUUCUGGGUGUGUGAAGGGGGCCAGCCCAGCCCAUGGGGGCUUGCUGAGCCAGCAGCACAUGUGGUGGGAGGAGAGGUCCAGUCUCCAGGGGCACCAGCAGCCCAGGAUGGGGGAAAAGAGUCUCUCUACUUUGGGGGAGUUCUUGCUCUUGGCCCAGUGAUCUCCACUUUCACUGGCAUGUUCUGAUUUCAGAAAUAAAACUAAAUGUAUUGUUUUGGAAAGUUAACCUUCCAAACUCAGUAGCUCAGAGUCAGUAGAUCAGAGGUGGGACAAGA